AAACCCGGGCAUUAACAAUAUACGUGAUGUUGUGAUUCAUUCGAGGAGUUUCGCAAUCCCGAAACAAAAUGGCAAGCGGUUAGUGUUUACUUUGGGACAUUUCAUUCAUGACACAGGAUGGAGAUUUUCGGACAGAUCGGUUUGCUGUGCAUCAUGAUUUGUUGUAUUGGGAGCCACUCACAGAAUGUAGAUCAUUCAAACGUUAAGAGUAAUCAAAGACGUUAUCCUGGUUCAGGUGGAGAUGAUCUGUCCGUGAAUUCGAAGCCAACAAACAAUUUUUUAUCUUCAACCGUGAGUAUACCAUUUAACGUUAAGAGCAGAUUUUCUUCAUCGUACGAUCAGGGCAAAGGAAAGACGUCCUCCAUAUCAACACCCGUGUCUAAUUACAGAACUGAAUAUCAAUCUUCUUCAAGUAAAGAGCUAGAUGCACAUGACAGGCUGUUUCCAACAGAAGCACACAUACAACGGAAUGGUAUGUUGGAUCGAACUACUACGCCAGUUAUGUUACAAACAGGCACCAAACGUUACAGAAGAGAGUCAGAGAUCACGACAAACAUCGGUGACAAAAGCCCUGGACAACAAACCACAAUGUUGCAGACAGUUUCGUCAGUGUCUCAGUCAAACUCCAAUAAUCUGUCCAAAAAUACACUACAAAGGAAUGAAGUUCAAAGGCAGUUAGGUGAUUAUGUCACGGCCAACAAUGCCACCUUGUCUAGCAUUACACAGGGAAGUCUUGUGAAGGUCAUUGAUGCCCUACUGCAACAUGCUGUUGGUAACGAUACUGCCUUCUUACAACUUCUAUUCGGUAGUCUGAAUGGCAUGUCACUCCCACCAGACAUUUUAAAGAAACUAGGAAUGUUAUAUGGAAAUACUGACAGUAUAGACCUCAAUGAUAUCAUGUCUCACCUUAGUGAUGAGCAAAAGAAGUUUUUUGCAGACUUCAUUAUACAACAGUUGUCUCCAAUUUCUACUGUUUGUUUGGAUCAUCUUUCUGAACUGAUAAAAGACAAUGUCACAGCUUUGAAAAUGAUAGACGCUUCUGGUAAACCACCUACCGCGGUAUUACAGGGGAACUUGAAAUGGACCGGAUCUUUCGAUGAAUGUCUGGCAUUAAAAGACAUGGGACGUGGUCCCAGGACAUUUGAUGGGAAGUACUGUACCGCGACAGUAUCUCUAGAAGAAGUUUUGACAUCGGUGAUGGACGGAUACCCUGCGGAAGCAGAGAUUGGCCUUUGUGUUCCUGACACCUGCAACAGAUAUGAAGUAAAAUUCUUCGCGGAUUUAAUGCUGGGAUUAGCUCCUCUUGGGAAUAUCUCCCUACAUAGCAGUGAUAUGACGUGCCACGAGACUGCAGGGUAUGACGCGCUGGCAGUGGCCACCAUAUUGUUUUUCGCCAGUCUUGGCAUGUUCAUACUAUUUGCUACCAUCAUGGACAUACGCUAUAUAAUUAAUGCUAAAAUGGAGCUGAAGGAUAUGGCAAAAGCGAAUGUGGAGGCAAUCGGUGGCGAUUUUCAUGGAAGUGAACAUGAUACAACCAGAGUUAACAACACAGGCAUCAGAGCUCGGCUUUUGGUAUCGUUUUCUUUAUAUACAAACGGUCGGAAUUUACUCAGCAGUAAGCGACCAAGAGGCUCGUUUGGAGCAGUGAACGGAAUUCGUUUCCUCAGCAUAUCCUGGGUUAUCCUAGGACACACAUUCAUACAUUUGUCGUCCAGCGGAAGUAUGGAGAAUCAGCUAACAUUUGUACCUAAAUUUUUACACCAAUGGUCAGCAGGAGUGUUAGUAAACAGUCUUCUCUCCGUGGAUACCUUCUUUACACUCAGCGGUUUGUUGCUAUCCUACGUUUUUAUGAAGGAAAUGAAGAGAUUGAAGGGUCAAAUCAACUGGUUCAUGUUCUACUUACAUCGCAUUUGGAGACUGACGCCUCCCUAUAUGCUCGUGAUGUUUAUCUACGUAGCAUUAUUACGGUAUACUGGAGAUGGUCCGUUGUGGCAAAAGAAUGGAUACGAGAAGGACUUUUGUGCCAAAACGUGGUGGAGAAAUCUUCUAUAUAUCAACAACUUCAUUGGCACCAACAAUUCCUGUAUGGUGUGGACAUGGUACCUCGCUAAUGACAUGCAGUUUUACCUAAUCAGUCCACUACUCCUUGUACCGUUGUACUAUUCCCGACGACUCGGUGGUCUGGUGUGUUGUGUAGUCCUGUUGGGCGUUACCGUGACAUCAUAUGUCGUAUCCUAUCAACUAAAUCUGCCAGCUGUGAUGUUUACUGCGGACCCCAAAUCUAUAAAUUAUGAGGACGACUAUUUCCUAUACUACUUUGUACGACCAUACUGCCGGAUGGGUCCAUACAUCGUUGGUAUUAUGGCGGGUUACAUGCUUUUUGUGAAGGAAAGAAACUUUAAAAUAAAUGGGGGGUUGAACGCAUUGACGUGGUUCCUGAUGACGUUAUUGGGAGCCGUGGUGACGUUCGGUGUGCAUGGACCUGUAACUGGCGCGGCCUGGACCCCCGGUAUAGCAGCUCUCUAUAACGCUACCCACAGUACAAUAUGGGGCGUGUACGUGUCCUGGAUUGUCUUUGCCUGUGUCACAGGACAUGGAGGGUUUAUUAACACGUUACUCUCGUGGAAGGCGUUUGUGCCCCUAGGACGUCUGACUUACUGUGUGUACCUGGUACAUCCCAUACUAUUGUACUACUAUACAGCGACCACGCGGCAAACCAUCUACGUCACAAACUACACGCUGAUCUACAUUUACCUGGGAACACUGGUAUUUUCACACCUGCUUGCUUUUUUGACGUCGUUGGUAUUCGAGGCCCCCAUGAGAGAACUAGAAAAAGUGAUAUUCAAACGGAAACGUAAAUAGACACUACCCUGCCUGUUUGUAUAGAAUAACAUUACUUCUAUGUAAAGUCCAGCAUUUCAUGAAUUCUCGAACAAGGAAUUCGGAUGUUUGACAUCAGCUAUAUAUACGAAAGCAUAGUAACGUCGUGACAUUGAAUACUUAACACAUCCUACCUCUAAAAUGAUAUUGUAUCCGUGUGUCUACAUUACGUAAAUAAUAAAUAUUAUUACAAAU